AUGUCUUCUAGAUUAUUAUCAAACACCUUACGUCGCUCAGCUUUACACUUGGCUAAGCCUGUCGUAUUUAGAGGUGCCUCGUUUGCCCUUGCUAACACUGUUAGAACAUCCAUCUCCGCUCAAAGAUUCCUCUCCACUCCAUCAUCUGAGAGCAACUUGAAGAAAGUUCUUGAAUCCGAGUUGCAAGAAAUUGCAGACAUCAGUAACAAAUUAGACGAGGAAUCGCAAUCUUUUAUCAAAGAUUCCGGAUUUGAAAUCAUCCAACAAGAUGGAUCUGUAGUUGUUCAGUUAACCAAGCAGUCCGGAGACAACGAAGUGCUUCACGUUUUCUUUGAUGUAGAUGAUGUCACUAAUAUCCCAAAUGAAAUGGCCGGCGAAGAAGGCGAACAAGAUGGAUUUGAAGGUGAGUUAGAAGCAAUUGACGAAUUGUUAUGCAAUGCCAGGGUUAUUGUCGAGAACAAGGCUAACAAUACUGCUUUGUUCGUAAACUUGUUCUUAGAAAACGAAGCAGGGUUAGUUGUAGACCACUUCAAUGUCCAGCAGAAUGCUACUCAGUUUCUUGAAAACGCUUCUAAAGGAGAUUUCUCAGAGUUGGUACACUACGGAGGUCCAUCUUUCUCUAUGUUAGAUGAGAGUUUACAGAUCACAUUCGAAGAAUACUUGGAAUCAAAGGGAAUCAACAGCGAAUUGGCUGACUUCAUUACUUCUUACAGUGAAUACAAGGAAGAGAAGGAAUACCGUAAAUGGUUAGGUGAUGUUAAGACUUUCUUCUAA